AUGAGCCGUGUGGUCUGGCCCAAAAUACUGGGCCUCACAUGCCGGAAGAUCUCACGGAGCGAAACCACACCCGCACCAGAGUCGCCCCCACCACGCACGGGAAAACCUCGCAGGCAACCGGCCGCCUCCUCCUCCGCCGCCGCCGCCGUCGAAGCAUCAGAAGCAGCCAGAGUAAGAUGUCGUUCCGGGCGCGGGAGAUUUACAAGAAGGUGGUGCGCCGCGUGGGCGGGGAGGGGAAGCUGCCGGCGGAGGUGAUGGACACGGUGAAGAACAUACUCCCGAAUAGCAAGGUCGUCAUGGGCCGGGCCAAGCGCGGCAUCUUCGCCGGCCGCCACAUCCAGUUCGGCAACAAGGUCUCCGAGGACGGCGGCAACAAGUCAAGGCGAAACUGGAAGCCGAACGUUCAGGAGAAACGUCUUUUCAGUUAUAUUCAUGACCGACACAUUAGAGUCAAAGUAACCACUCAUGCACUCCGGUGCAUUGACAAAGCUGGCGGGAUCGAUGAAUACCUCCUGAAGACACCUUACAACAAAAUGGAUACUGAGAUGGGAAUAGCCUGGAAGGCAAAGAUUGAGAAGAUGUAUUCAGAGCUAGCUGGGAUGGAAGUUGGCUUCUUCCCUCCCGAGGAAGAGGCUAAGAUAAAGCAGGGUUUCGAGGAGGUUCGAUCGGCCAAGAGAGAGUUCCGCAGCGAAUCAAGAAGGGCUUUGGGUGUGGCAAACCAGAGUCAGCUAGAAGCAACUAAAGCUGAUGAUGACGAAACGACUGAAGUCGUGGAUACAAAUGAAGAGGUGUCUGAUGUCGCAGAGAAGUCUUAGCUUGGACCUGCGUGCCAUUAUUAAUGGUAAAUGUGGUUCUGUAGCUUUUGUUUCAGGAAUAAUCAUCAUCCCUUUGUUGAACUUUACUUUAUCCGCCAAAUAUGCUAACUGUUAGAUAUUGAAGACUUUGUUGGCAUAUCGGUGAUAAAUGACUUGCACAGUUCCACUCUGUUAUCUCUGAAAGUUUCAAAUAUGUUACUAGAAAAGGGACACACAGUUGUUUUUAUUUUAUUUA